AUGUGUGCUGUUGUUACAGGUCAUCCCCUUGACACAAUAAAGGUUCGUCUUCAGACGGCGCCGCCUUGUGGACCGGGCGAAACACCAAUUUAUAAGGGUGCGCUUGAUUGUGCCCACAAAACAAUUGCGCUUGAAGGCAUUUCAGAUGUUCCGGCAUCAGGCGUGUUUUUCCUAAGUUAUGAAUGGAUAAAAGAGCUCCUCUCGCCAACAUCUGCCUCAGGAACUUGCCAUGGCGUAGCGCAGACGCUUUUUGCUGGAGGAAUGGCCGGUGUGCUCUACUGGUUGGUUGCUAUUCCCCCUGAUAUACUCAAGUCGCGGCUUCAAACAGCUCCCAAAGGCAAGUAUCCUAAGGGAUUAAGGUCUGCGUUUGGAGAAUUACUGGCCGUAGAAGGUGCCUUUGCUCUCUACAAGGGUGCAGCUCCUAUCAUGAUUCGUUCGUUCCCUGCUAAUGCAUACUUGAAAAAAUUGAAUUGUCCAUUUGGAUUGAGUGAACCUCAACCUAUGGUUGAUUGGAUCUUGAAUCGAGGAAUCGAGUCGCAGUCAUCACUAGAAUUCAAGCAUGGUGUUGAAAACCUGGCGAAGCUUCUUGAAAUACCCCAGCACCCAGACCCUAAACAAUCUUUCCGGGCAGCCUGCCUGCUUAUUGAGAAGAUGUUAUCACAUGAAAAUAUUGAAAUGUCUAAAAAGGAAUACGAAAAAGAGGUUGAUCUGUUAAAAACUGAGGAUGUACCAUUGGGUUUCGAUGUGUCUGAUCCAGUCUUACGAUCCGUUGUGCUCACCCUUCGUCUCCUUCAUGUUUCUGAACUUCGUCAGUUGCAAGACCAAAUCAACUGCGCGAUUGUUCAAGUCCAGCAGAUAACCGCAGACCCCAAAACUGAUGAAAAACUUGGCCAGGUUGGGUUCUGA